UUACCACAAUAUCGAAAGAAAAAUAAAUACAUAUCGAGCAGUGCAUCAGCAAUUAUCAGUACGCACAGUGACAAGUUAACACCUCGCAUAAAGCGGUGUGUGUUACCCAAAGUGGCACUCGUUUUCGAAAAGAAGUGAAAAACUCCCAACGCGGAACCUUCUCCACUUGUACCGCAACAACUCUUGACUAGAUCUAGAGACUAGAUGAGUUCGUCUGGUGACUGUGUUCUAUCAGUGACCUUGUGAGACUACGACAUCUAGGAAAUACUGUCCCGUGAAAAUGAAGCUGUUUCCCGUGCGGCUGUCCAACAUCAAUAAGAUGUUGGAUUUUUACUCCCAAUUUAAUCCAUCACCCCUGAGCAUUAAGCAAUUUAUCGACUUCGGGCUUAAUGCAUGUCCUCGAAAGUCGUUUGUUUUCCUUCGCAAAGAGCUGCCCGUACGGUUGGCGAAUAUAAUGAAAGAGAUCACCUUGCUGCCAGAAAGUUUAUUACGAAUGCCUUCAGUCGGUCUGGUCAGCGCCUGGUAUGUGAAAAGCUUCGAGGAAGUGCUGGCAUUCGAAAAAACGGAUCCUACCGAAAACAAUCUAGAGAAAUUCUGCAAAUCGCUCACCCAGAUUCGUGACCGCCACUCCGAUGUUGUGCAAACAAUGGCUCAAGGGAUACUGGAAUUGAAGGAAAGCCGAGAUGGAGCGAUUGAGCCAUCCACUGAGCUCUCGAUUCAGUACUUUCUGGAUCGUUUGUACAUGUCCCGUAUCAGUAUAAGAAUGCUCAUCAAUCAGCACACUAUACUGUUUGGUGAUAUACCGCAGACAGGACGCCAUAUCGGUAGCAUAGAUCCUCUAUGUGAUCCGCACAUGGUCGUACGGGAUGCUUACGAAAAUGCACGUUUUCUAUGUGAUCAAUAUUAUCUUGCAAGUCCAGAACUCGAAGUAAUAGAGCAUAAUGAGAUUGAUAAGGGAAACCCCAUAAAAAUUGUGUAUGUACCAUCGCAUCUGUAUCACAUGCUGUUUGAGCUAUUCAAGAACUCAAUGCGUGCUGUAAUGGAGCAUCACGGAACAGAAAAUGAUGUGCCUCCGAUCAAGGUUACUAUCGUAAAGGGUAAAGAGGAUAUAUGUGUUAAGAUGUCCGAUCAAGGGGGCGGUAUUCCACGAUCGCAAGUGGAUCAACUUUUCAAGUACAUGUACAGUACUGCACCUCAACCGCCGAAAUCUAAAACAGAUUUGCCGUUAGUUCCAUUGGCUGGAUAUGGAUACGGGUUGCCCAUUUCCAGACUGUAUGCUAGAUACUUUCAUGGUGAUCUGGUCCUGUUCUCCUGUGAAGGUUACGGUUCCGAUGCAAUAAUUUAUCUCAAGGCAUUUUCAGAUGAAGCAAACGAAUUGUUACCAAUAUUCAAUAAAACUAGCACCAGAUUUUAUAAAGCAACCGUACCAACUGGUGAUUGGUCCAAUCAGGUAAAGGGCAAAAAAAUCAAACCUCCUAUAGUUAUAUAAAUAUUACUUCAUCAGUUGUUAUGUUCGUUACUAUAAUUGAACCCUUUGGUUAAUCAGAAUUGUGCAACAUCAGGAUCAAAUAAUUGAUGAAAGAUAUAAACAUAUAUCAAUUAAAGUAAUAUAAGCAUUUUAUCGGCUUUCAUGGACUUUUAUGUCUAUGAACUAUUAUGGAUAUUUUGUUAAUUAUAAAAUUAUGUGCUGUAAGAGAUUGUAAAUCUUAAAGCUUUCACUAUAUAAUUUCCGUUGGAUCAUCCACCAUUGUACGUAAUAUUUGCAGCCCACCUUAUCAACAUCUUAGGUGUAGUAUUAAAAAUACAUUACUUGUAGGCGGUAAUAUUGUAGGUAUAGUAUUUUAUGUUGUGGCGUUCUAGCUUGAAUACGUUUGAAUAGUUUUCUUUUGUUCCCUCUUCGCAUCUUCUUAUUGUUUAUUGUUGCGGGCAUUUCCGUCUCUUUUCUAUUCUACUAGGGCAAGAACUUUACCAACAGGUUGUUGUAGCCGUUUUACUAACGACUGUUGUACGAAUGUGAUGUUUAGAGCUCAAUUGACAGUACGAUGGAUCUCAACUGACCGUCGCCCUUUAUUUGUCCCAAUUUGACGAACUCUAUUCUUCCCGCUUACUACUACUACUACUUCUACGUGUCGCUGAGCUACAAUGUUUGGUUUAACGACCUUUGUUGACGUUUUUAGCUAUUUUGAUGAUAGUUACUUCAAUGUUCUGUUUUAUUUUAUUAAAUGUAUCUUUUUCGUUAUAAGAUUAUAUAAAAAUUAUGAAAAUAUAUUGAUGUUUAUAUUUACACCAUUCUA